CUGUUCUGUGGACAAACAUGAAACACCCAUGUGCCAGAAAAGCUUGUAAUGCUUUGGGGCCCUGGGAUGUGUGAUCCUAUAAUCAAACGGUUAAUCAGGUUUCAAGCUCAGAGAGAGAGAGAGAGAGAGAGAGAGAGCAGAGAGAAUAUAGAAGGGCAUGGACAAAAAAGAUGUAGUAGAAGCCAAAACACACGAAAAUGUUCCCUCCGAAAUCCAUUGGCUUUGUCUCUUGGUUACUUUUAAAAACUUGAAUUGUAUGCAUAUCUUCCUUAUCUUUAUGUUGGAAAGGAAAUUCAGGAGAAGAAAACAAGCAGUCAAACAGAUCGGAGCUGCAUCUUUUUUCUUGCAGACACUGAGCAAUAAAUUAAGAAGCCCUACUAACAUAUUAGAGCUACAAGAUGAUGCUUAGAGACACCAUUGAUAAAACCAAGAUCCUCUUUUGCGAAACUCUACAAAAUCUCAAGUUUUUCUUCUCUGAUAGAUAUCAAAAGUUUCCCAAACUCCCUUCCUUCGAUCCCUUCUCUUGUGGUUGUGGCAGUUGUAACCGAGGAGAUCGGCAAAGAGAUCAAUUCUAUAUCGAUUUUUGUGAUGAAUGGGAGGCCAAUCUAGGUAAGGCGAAGAAGAGUUACAAUACGAGUAUCGUGGCUUCGGAAGAGCCCAGGAAGGAAGAAGAUGCAAAGCAAAGUCCUGCGAAGAGCAAACAAGAAGUGGUUGCAAAAGAAAUGAAGACCAAAGAAAGUCCCCAAAUAGGAAAAGGAGAAGAGGCAUGCUCAAAGAAGAGGAAUGGAAAGGUAAAUGGGUUAGCACAAAAGAUGAAGGAUUUAGAGAUGAUGGAGGCAGGUGAUGUGGAACAAGUGCUGGACGUGGAAGAGGCUCUCCACUACUAUUCUCGCCUUACGAGCCCUGUUUAUCUAGACCUUGUUGACAAGUUUUUCACGGACGUAUACACAGAAUACUCUGUUCCACAGACCUCCAGCAUCAACACUUCAAAGAGGAGACUUGGCUCCAUUAGAUUGUAGAUUGUAGAUGACCUUUCGAGUGAGUUUUUUCAUUGUCCAUUCGGAUCUGUGUAUUUUUUUUUUUUUUUUUUUCUCUCGACUUGGUUUCUUUUCUUUUCGUUUCCUCUGCACGUAUCCGUGUUUUUGUGCAGUUGGUUUCCAGAUUUGUUGACCUUUCUUAAUUCAAAUUUCUUAAUUCAAACACAAUUGCUAUUUCCCUGAGCUUGUAUUUUUUUUUUUCGGCGUUGGAAAAAAUAUAUCAUGUAGUUAAAGAGUUCUUCAAUCUCAUU